UAUUUUAGCGGACCGAAAAUGUUUUCCGUGUCGGAAUCUUCUUUACUUCCCCGCUCUUUCUUCUUCUUCUUCGUCUGCCUCUGCUUUGUUUCUACCAUUGCAAAGGUAAAUGGGAAAUCGAAUUCUCUUCCACCAUCAUCAUCAUCAUCUGCUUCGCCUCUGCGUUUCGGCCAGAACGGAGAGUUCAAAAUCCUACAGGUUGCCGACAUGCACUACGCCGAUGGGAAGGCCACCUCGUGCGAGGACGUACUUCCCCAGCAGUUCUCCGGUUGUUCCGACCUCAACACCACCGCCUUCGUUGAGCGCAUGAUCCGAGCCGAGAACCCCGAUUUAAUCGUCUUCACUGGGGACAACAUCUACGCCUCCGACGCGACGGACGCAGCAAAAUCUUUGGAUGCCGCUUUUGCGCCCGCCGUCUCUUCCAAAAUCCCAUGGGCGGCUGUGCUGGGGAACCACGACCAGGAAUCCAAGCUGUCGAGGGAAGGUGUGAUGAAACACAUUGUUGGCAUGGAGGGCACCUUAUCCCGACUCAACCCUCCUGCGCAUGCUGUUGACGGCUUUGGGAACUACAACCUCGAGGUUUUUGGUGUUGGGGGUUCCACUAUGCAGAACAAGUCCGUCCUCAAUCUCUACUUUCUAGACAGUGGAGACUACUCCACGGUUCCCUCAAAAAUCCGUGGCUAUGGAUGGAUCAAACCUUCCCAGCAGCUUUGGUUCCAGGCAACUUCUUCUCAGCUCCAGAAAACAUAUAUGAGCAAACCAGAGGCCCAGAAAACACCCGCACCGGGGCUUGCAUACUUCCACAUUCCAUUGCCAGAAUAUGCAAGUUUUGACUCUACAAACUUCACCGGUGUGAAACAGGAAGGAAUUAGCUCAGCUUCAGUAAACUCAGGAUUCUUUGCAACCAUGGUAGAAUCAGGGGAUGUGAAGGCAGUAUUCACAGGCCAUGAUCACGUCAAUGACUUCUGUGGAGAGCUAAUAGGUUUACAACUUUGUUAUGCUGGAGGAUUUGGAUACCAUGCAUACGGGAAGGCUGGCUGGGCAAGAAGAGCAAGGAUGGUGUUAGCAACUCUGGAAAAAACAGACGAUGGGGGUUGGGGAGGGGUGAAGUCUAUCAGAACAUGGAAGCGACUUGAUGACCAACACCUUAGUGCCAUAGAUGCUCAGAUCCUCUGGAGUAAGAGCUCUUCUGGGAGGCGUAGAAAAGGAAGUUCCAAUGGCAUUUGAAUGGCAGGCCUAGGCAAAGUAUUAAUAUCAUCGUUAUAGUCAUACAAAUAACAGACAUCCAGGUUACAGUGAAAACAGAGGCUUGAGAUAUAACUAAGUUGGUUUUGUUGCACCUUGCUUGUUUCUAUUCUAUUCUGGUUGAUAGUGAUAUGUAAUGAAUAAAUAUUUGUAUAUGCAUUGAAAGUGGUUUACCCGGAAUCAAUUAAACAUCUAUUUAAGAAGCCAAGGACAUGAACAUGAUGUGAGAAUUCUAUAUGCACCAUGUCUUACCAUGCUGGAAGAUCUUGCUAGAA